AAAAAAAAAAACAUGAUCCAAAAUGAAAGGAGAAGUCAUCUUAUGAACAGAGGAAGUUUCAGGGAAUCUACAGAGACCAAUGGCUACUCUGGUCUCGUCCCAGGCUUACAUCUACCAUUUUCAUUUGAGUAAACGAGCUCUUAUACAGACAAAAGAACCAUACUUUCCUCCUAGAUUUUCCCGUCAUAAUCACAUAGAAAGACGUGAGUUUUCUCCUAGAUUUUGGUCUUCGACGAUAACUGGAAAGCAGCAACUUUUGUCUUUCAGCACCGUGUGUUUUGCUGCAGACGAGCCCUCUUCCUCAUCCGAAAUCAGUGCUGAUGCCAGAAUCCGAAGUGAGGUUCUGUCUCCAUUCAGAUCAGUCCGAAUGUUCUUCUACCUCGCCUUCAUAGCAAGCGCUUCACUAGGAGGACUAAUAGCCACUUCCAGGCUCAUCGGUGCCUUAGCGAAUCCGGCAAGAUCAGGCGAAGUUCUUGAGAUCAUACAGGGUUUAGGAAUCGACAUUGGUGCAGCUUCUCUCUUUGCGUUCCUCUACUUCCGCGAAAACAAGACCAAGAACGCUCAAAUGGCCAGGCUCUCGAGGGAAGAGAAUCUUGCGAAACUCAAAAUGAGGGUCGAAGAGAACAACAAGGUUAUCUCGGUGGGUGAUCUGAGAGGGAUUGCUAGGCUUGUGAUCUGCGCUGGUCCUGCGGAUUAUAUCGAAGAAGCGUUCAAGAGAAGCAGAGAGUUUACACAAGGGCUUGUUGAGAGAGGUGUAGUUGUGGUGGCUUAUGCUACGGAUGGGAAUUCUCCGGUUUUGGAGCUCGAUGAGACUGACACUGAUGAUGAAGAAAUGAGCCAGAGAAGGAGGAGAUUGUGGCGUGUGGCUCCAGUUAUUGUCUCGGAUUGGGAAAGGUGGUUAGAUGAGCAGAAGAAGCUUGCUGGUGUUUCUUCAGACUCUCCAGUGUAUUUAUCUCUACGUUUGGACGGGCGUGUAAGAGGAAGUGGAGUGGGUUAUCCUCCAUGGCAAGCCUUUGUUGCACAGCUUCCUCCGGUUAAGGGAAUCUGGACCGGUCUUCUUGACGGUAUGGAUGGUAGAGUGUAGAUACUUUCGAAAUUAGGGACGUAAUUAAAAGUUUUUUUUUAGUCUUCUAUAAGAAAACGGAAAUGUAAAGUUAUGGAAAGAAUUUGACUUCAAAAUUAUUAAUUUCACUGUUG